AUGGCCAAAGAGAAGAAGAAGGCGCCUGCCACUACCCACGGCGUGCAGGCCCAUUUGCGCCGCCAGAAGGUCGAGAGAGCCCGACUGUACCAGGACCGUGUUUGGAGAAACCUCAACCCGCUAAAGGCGGCACCCAAGCUGAAGCACAAGACGUACUUCGAAUCAGUCGAGAAUGCCGACAAGAAGAAGAAGCUGGAGUUCGAGAUCACCACCGAUAGGCGUCCGCCCCCAGGCUUCGAGUUCAUCCCCACUGGACACCCCGAGUUGUCGCAAGCAUGCAAAGAGCGAUCGCGCGAGCUUGAUGCCAUGUUCUUCAUCGUCUCCGCCUCGAAAGACCCCGGGAUGCUCGACCACCACAUGAACCGAGCCGGCUACCACUUUCGGCAGUCCAUCGUUGACGCCGCCCGCGAAGUCUUGAAAGAGGAAGGCCACCAUGAUCACGCUGCUAGAACUCGUCGACCCGGCGAUCCCGAGCCUAUACCGCUCAGACAGGAAGAUAUCAACCGUGAAGCCGACGCUGUACUGAGAGAUCUCUUCCCAAGAAUACCCAACACCGACAGGCACGAGAUCAUAGAACACGCCUUUAACAAGGAUACCAAAUUCCACGGCGAAGUCAAAGUCGGUAUGGCCACAGACAUCCCAUUGGCACGAAGGGUUCAGCUCGCUGCUCUUGCCCACAUCAGACAUACCCACACCCGCUACGAUCAGCUGUUGAAAGAGGCAGACUGGGCAAACGCUCGCAAAGCUGUAGAGAAACCGUGUCUAGACAUUAUCGUCAAGUGGCGAGGGGACGAAGAGACUGGCCGUGAUCAGCUCGAGGAGAUCCUUCGAGAAGUUGUCGAGAUUUCUGAUUCCGAAGGCGAGUCCGAGGAUGAAAGCAGUGGCCCCGAAGAUGGUCGCGUUCCCAACGCCAGAGCGGUGGUAGACAACCAAGUCGCGCCGCAGAACAAUUUCAUGCCUAACCAACAGCCGGCCGCCAACGGCCAGAGUAACGGAUCCAUAUUCGUCGGCCCUCUGACACCGCCUAGACAGCGGGUUGUCACGAAAGCCGACAAGAGAAUUGCUCGAAAGACGCAACAGCGAUUUAGGAGAUAUGCUGCUGCUGCUGAGGCCUUCGGAAGUCAACCUCAACAGAACGAUCAGUUCGAUCAUGGUCCGGCGCCUAUGAACCUCAGCAGGAGUAACGGCCCUGUUUACCUAGUAAGCUCAGAUCGUGAGCCAACCAUAACAGUCCAACAUACACCGAAUGCCGGGCACAUCCAAGGUCGCAUGGAAGCACGAGGCGAGCCAUGUCAUUUCUCUAACGGAUACCACGGAAGGAUGACAGGAGCAAUGCCUUACGACCCUCCCGACAGCCACAUGCGUGAUGCUUCUCCUCGGAUCAUCCGCAGAAUGGAGAGUGAAAGACCCAAAGUUGGGCAACACUUGUCGAACCACAGCCGCUCGCACAUCCCGCUGUCGCCAGUGAGAACUGGCCUGCAGGAUCUUCUGGUGCCGUCUAUAGAGCCGACGUCGCCUGCCCACACCCAGGGCUCACAACGUGCUCCUCAGGUUUUGUAUCGUGAGUCCCGACAGUUUGCAGAAGUUCCUCGUGUGAUUUCUCGCACUAUGGUUGAACCUGGUGUUUCUGCCCCUCUCCUCCGGUCUCCCGGUGCUAUGAUGGAUGUUGACGAGAACGACGCAAAGCGUCGUCGUGUCAUACCUUAUCAUGAUGGGCCCGUUGCGCACCCUAGUUCCUCAUAUGUCCGUGUGAAUCGCGAAGGUCAAAUUGAGGAUCACCGUCGUGCCGCGUUUGAAUACCUUUCAGAUCGUCCGCUCGCACCUUCGAGAGCCGCCGAGCGCGUUAUGCCUGACAACAACUCUUGGGCGUUGCCCAGGGAGGAAGUUCAACUGUAUAGCCGUGAGGUUGGUCCUCCUAGGACCAGGGCCAAUCCGAUCUUCCUUGACGGAGAUGACGACCACCGACCUCGCCAUGUAGUCGAGAUGCGAGGGCCUCCUCAAGAGCCCUACAGCGCACGCGGGUUCCUACCCCCUCGGGGAGAGCUUUUGCAUAAUGCACCUGCUCAAGGAGACCCUCGUAGUCGAGAUGCAUCGCGAGUGAUCUAUGUGGAUGAGCCCAGUCCCAUGUCUCGAGUUGUCUCUGACGCUCGCCAAAACGGUGUUCAUCAGGGUUCCUUCGGCCAAGCCUUGCAUCACGAGCCUCUUGUACUGCAUUUAGCUCCCGAGACGCCACAUCGUCGCCUUGACGUACCACCUGGCUAUCCGCCUGGCCACUACCGGGAGAUCAUUCGAGGUCAGGAGCCAGAGCGUGCUCCAAUGGAGUGGACUGGCAAUACUCCCAGGGAAGUUCAUACUGUCCGUCGCGAACCAGAACGCUACGAAAUGCGCUACGAGACCAGCCGAGGUGCCCCCAUGCAUCCGCACUUGGCCCCAGUGGCACACCCGCAGCCGAAGCCGCAUCUAGAACAGAGAGAUGGUCACUUCUACGGACCAGUCCAAGUUGCAGGGCCUGAGAUGGACUAUCGACGAGACCACCAGCGACCAUUCCCGGUCUUUCCUCCUGCCUCUGCCUACGAGGCGCCUCGCGUCCCACACCCCGGACAACACCUUCCCGAGCGCCGGGAGGUGAUUUAUGUGGACUGA